UCCUCUUCCUUUAACCCGGUGAGCCGGGAUUGUGGGAAGAAGACUGAGGACCGCGGAGUUUGAGCUUGGGGUCCGUGGCUGUUGGAAGAUGGACCAUCCGGGGCAGGAGCGGGGCCCGAUGUUUGCCUUCGCGGCUCUGGCCCUGGUUCUGCUGGGCGGGCCCUGGGCCACUGCCCUGGACAACGGGCUGGCCUUGACCCCGACCAUGGGCUGGCUGCACUGGGAGCGCUUCACGUGCAACGUGGACUGCAUCGAGGAUCCGGAGAACUGCAUUAGUGAAGGACUUUUUAUGCAGAUGGCCGACAUCAUGGUAUCAGAAGGCUGGAAGGAUGCGGGCUAUGAGUACGUCUGCAUUGAUGACUGUUGGUUGGCCUCCAAACGAAAUAAGAAUGGCUCCCUCCAGGCAGACCCCAAACGCUUCCCUAGUGGAAUCCGGCAUUUGGCAGAUUAUGUACACUCCAGGGGGCUGAAGUUAGGCAUUUAUCAAGAUGUGGGAACUCUUACCUGUGCUGGAUACCCGGGCAGCUUUGGCUACUACGAUAUCGAUGCCCAAACCUUCGCUGACUGGGGAGUGGACCUGCUCAAAUUUGAUGGAUGUAACUUUAAAGAUGUAGAAAGUUUGGUAGAAGGCUAUAAGUCCAUGUCCUCUGCCCUCAACAAAACUGGCAGAAGCAUCCUGUAUUCCUGUGAGUGGCCUCUGUAUUUAAGACCCUUCCAGGAGCCCAAUUACACAGAAAUCCGGCAGUAUUGCAAUCACUGGAGGAACUAUGGCGAUAUCUUUGACUCUUGGAAUAGUGUGAAGACUAUUUUGGCCUGGACUGCAUCUAAACAGGAGAGCCUCGUUCCUGCUGCUGGACCAGGGGGCUGGAAUGAUCCUGACAUGCUAGUGAUUGGCAACUUUGGACUCAGCUGGGAUCAACAAGUGACUCAGAUGGCACUGUGGGCUAUCAUGGCAGCUCCACUCUUCAUGUCUAAUGACUUACGCCACAUUAGCCCCCAAUCCAAGAACCUGCUCCAGAACAAAGAUGUCAUUGCAAUCAACCAGGAUCCUUUGGGCAAGCAGGGCUACCAGCUCAGGAAGGACAAGGACUUCGAAGUGUGGGAACGACCCCUAUCAAAUUUAGCCUGGGCCGUGGCUGUGCUAAACCAGAAAGAGAUAGGAGGUCCUCAGAAUUACGCCUUUUCCACUUCUGCCCUGGGCCACGGACUAGGGUGUUCCCCUGCUUGCUAUAUCACCCAGAUCCUCCCAGUUAAAGAAGAUCUGGGACUUUAUACAUGGAUUUCUCAGUUGAAGGUUCGGGUGAACCCCACAGGCACUGUCUUGUUGAAGCUCCAGACUUAUCAGCAACAGGAAUAUUCCAGCCAUACCUCCCCAGAUGAUCUUGUUUCCAGUAACAGCACCUAUGACUAUUAUGACUACUACAACAAUGCUACCUCUGAUGACAUCAUUUCUGUGACUGUCUUAGAUACCUUAUAAUUUAUAAUUUGUAAAUGUUCUAAGUGCAUGUGCUCUGGAUUUGUACCUUUUUGGCAACACAAUCAAGUAUGGAUCCCUUUUGUCUGCUGCUAGGAAUUAAACUAUUUCUUUAA